AUGGCUUCUGAGGAGUUUGUGCCCACUGAUGCGGAGCUCAAGGCCAUCGGGGAGGCAAUGAAGGAUGACAACUUUCGCAAACUUCUCGCCGAGUAUGCCGAGGAGAUUAGCAAUCCUGAGAACAAGCGGCCGGGGUGGGUGGUCAAGACGGCGCUCAAGGGGGCUGGAACCAAGGUUUUUAUCAAUAUCUGCCAAUGUGACAUCAUUGCCAAACCACAAUCCAAGCGCACUACGCAGCACGGGCGAACGGGCAUGACCUGGUCUGUUCCCCAUUCCAUUGCUGCUUCCCGUGAAGACGUGGACAAGGAAGGUCGCUUGUGCGUGGUCUAUGAUGCCGUCUUUCAUCCCGAGGCGUUGCGGCUGGGCGGGAGCAAUGACUCUUUUAAGGAGAUGCUGACGACCACAGCCAUGGACGCGAUUGAGCGUCAGUUUACGCAUCACAAGCUUGACCGGGAUACUUGCAAAUAUCCCAAAAUGACCUUGAAGGCAAGCCACCGUCUGAUUCGUCUCAUGCCUGCAGCACCAUGCUACCACGGCAUGCCGUCCCGGACCGUGAUCCGCACACGGAAGGAUGGUAGCCAAGCAGACUCCAAGCCACCAAGCAUGGCCGAUACGCUGGGCCGAGCUGCCCAGGCCAUGACCAAGUCAUCAAACGCACGGCCGACUCCGCUCAAGGCGACGCCAGCCAUGUCAGCCAGUACGGCCCGCCGCAACACACACGUGUAUAAAGUCGUCGAAAAGCGCCAAUUUGACAUGGCGGAUACGAUUGAGGGCGGUUCGGCGGGGUCUGCAGGGCAGCGCCCGCAGGCACUUACAGUCACGAUCGAGUUGCCCAAUUAUGCCUCGGCGGCUGGGUUGGAUCUCAACGUGGAGGAGCGCCGGCUGGUGGUUCAAUCUGAGGAUGGGCGUGCUGAGCCUUGUUUCGUUGAGAUUCCUUUAGCUUACCCCGUGGCACAGGAGCGCGGCGAGGCCAAGUUUGAUAAGAAGCGGCGGCACUUGGAAGUGAGGCUGCCUGUGAUUCCCCGAGCCGAAGCGAUUACGCCAGUUGUAGCACCAACUUCAGUCGCCGAGGUGGUGCCCGCAUCCACCCCCGAGUCAUCACCCACGCCCGUGGCCGAUCCCAAGGCCGCCGUGCUUGAGACAGAGGUGAUUGCAGCGACAACAACCGCAGUCGAGGACAACGCUCCAACAACGCCCGAGGCUGUGGGAAAUGUGCCGGUCGAAGUUUCGCCAGCGGUGCCUGCGGUGCAGGUGACAGCAACCCAGGAACGACAGCGAUUGGUGGUGCGCCUUGAUGGACUCAAUGCCACCCAGGUCGAAGGUCAUGCCUUGCACGAACAGAGCAUUGCUUCAGUCGUCAUCCACGGCGUUGACCUGCAUACCUCUCAUGGCGUUUAUGCGUUGCGCUNUGAUGCGACCUUGGCGCCAGAGUCGUUACUGGUCGAUGCUAAUGCGGACAACGUUGUGAUUGCCUUUGACAAGGCACCUGCCGUCGACUGGCAUCGAUUGCGCCAUGGUUGGUCAAAGGAGCGGCUGCAGGAGCUGGUGCUGCUCACUCCGCAGACUGCGCGCACGCUCCUCGAGCCGCCCGCGCCCGCCACCCCAGCCACCCCAGCCACCCCAACAACCCCUCUUGAGCCAAAGCCUCGGCCGGUAGCGGCGCCAAACGUUUCAGCGGCGCCCAUUGAGCAGCUGGAAUUGCCAUCUCAGGAUACAAUCACAACAAGUGAACCAAGUGUUACUGCCCUUGCGUCCGAAUCGGCCGCUGCCGUCUCUAAAGCGCCGGCACCCGUGCCGGCGGGGGCACCCGAAUCGCGCCAAGAUGAGGCUGAGGCUGUGCGAGCACCCCCCGUUGCAAGCCAGCCACCAGUUGCCGCCCCUGCCUCAGCCACUCUGGCACAACUUGGCGGUGACGAUACGCGUGAGCAUGCCGAGAGCACCUCACUGCUCAGCCCUGCCCGGCGUGCCCCGGGCCGGAGUGGUAGUGUGUCACUUGCGCCACAAUCGCGCGUGGUUUCUGAGUGGCUGCUCGGCAGCCUGCGCUCGGUCUAUGUGCGCCAUUUGACUUCCGACCACGAAGCGGCUGCUGGUUCAGAUGAGGAGUCUGGCUCAGAAUUGGCCUGUGACUGCUGGGCCUUUUUUUGUGGGCCGCGAUCCUUGGCUGAAGACACUGAAGACUACGACCAGCGGCCAGAGUACACCGGCAACUUUACCAUUGACGAACUUAAGCAACUCGCGCGCAGCCUCGUAGAAGCUGUGGAACUGGGCGACGAGGAUGGUGUUUUGGAAAUCCUGGAAGAGCUUUCAACUGUGGAGAUGACCGUGGAUACUUUAAAGGCCUCAAAUUUGGGCGUCCUUGUCAAUCGCUUGCGUGGCGAGCGUGCGGGAUCAGUGGCGCAAAACUUGAUUGAGAAGUGGCGGCACCAGGUGGCGGAGCAGACAAGCCCUCAUUCGCCCUCGACUGCCUCUGCAAGCUCUGGCUCACCCACACGUGCGGCAGAGUCCCUGAGUCACUUGAAGGAGCUUAACAAGCGUCUCCGUGCCGCUGCACGUGCAAAUGACUUGGUCACGGUGACUGCGCUGAUAGACGUCAUUAGGGCUGAGCAUGCAUCACACAAUUUGCUCAUCAAAUCGGGACUGCUGCGUACUCUCAAGGCACUGCGCGAAAGCCGCUUUUUGCUUUCCGAGUCAGCCGAGGAUGCACAAGCCUGA